AUGAUUCACCGCAGUGCAACACAUGCAAAGAAGAAAGGCUAUUCAUUCCUUGCAUCCAAUGAUUUUAAUGGUCAAUUCCAUCAUCCAUCAUGUCAACAGAAUCAACAAGACUUGUUGAAUAAUCCUAUCAUUCAUAGAGUGAAUCAUCCAUUUCUUCGAUCAUCAUCACCAACAUUCCAUGUCUUGUGCUCUCGGAAUCAUGACAGAUCUUUUUCAACACGUCAUGACGUUGUUCAAUCAUCAUCGACCAACACGACCAACACAAAUUCAUCCCUUGAUGUGAAUGAUCCAUCCCAUACCAAUAAUUAUCAUAGUAAUACCAAUAAUAAUACCAAUAAUAAUAAUAAUACCAAUAAUAAUAAUAAUAAUAACAACACCAAUCAUCAUCCUCUCAAAAAACUCUUCAUUUCCACACUCUCUCUUCUUUUCAAACUUGUCAAAAUAACUCUCUCUAUUCCUCUCAUACUUGGUGCUACCUUGUUUUCUAUUUAUGCACUCAUGAAAGGUUGUUUAGAAUUAUUCUAUAGACUCAAAUUAGAUGAUCCUGAAGAUUCUCUCUUUUAUUAUCAACCUUUUAUUCAUUUCAUGUAUUCCAUGGAAAGUGCAGAGAGAUUUAUUAGAGCCUUUUAUACAUUAUUUGUCAUUGCAGCUGAUUAUUUUCUAGUGUUGGAUACUUCUCCAAGAAAUCCAGCCUAUUGGUUUAGAGAGAAACCAGAUAAGAAUUCUGAAAGUUUUAAAGAAUUGAAAUCAGCUCAUCAUCGAUUGAAUGCAAUUCGAUUGAAGAAUUUAUUUUGUUCAUUUAAAGGAAUUUAUAUUAAGUAUGGACAAUUCUUUGCAUCAUUGGGAGGAUGGAUACCUGAUGAAUAUGUUGAAGUGAUGAGUGUUAUGAGAGAUCAAGCACCUAAAAUUAGUUAUGAUGAAGUUCGUAAAGUCAUUUAUCAAGACUUUGGAAAACAUUUAGAAGAAUUAUUCUCUGAAUUUGAAAAAGAACCUAUUGCAGCUGCAUCCAUUGCUCAAGUCCAUCGUGCUCGUACCAAAGAUGGUCAAUUAGUUGCUGUAAAAAUUCAAAUGCCCUAUUUAAGAAGAUAUUUCCAUAAUGAUAUGGAUACCAAUGAUAUCGCUAACAAAUUCUGUAUUAAAUUAUAUUACAUGCAAGAUGAUGCAGAGAAUAUUGAUGCACUCGUUACUCUCAAUAACAAAUUUAAUGAUGAAUUAAGAGAUGGUCUAUUUACAGAAUUAAAUUUCUUACAUGAAGCAAAUAAUUCUAAAAAAGCCUCUUAUAAUAUGAGAAAGAGAAGAGAUGUGUACAUUCCAAAAGUAUAUUCAGAAUUAACCUCUUCACGUGUAUUGACGAUGGAAUUUAUUGAAAAUGCUGUGAAGGCUGAUAAUAUUGAAGCAAUUCGAAAGAUGGGAUUUUCUGAAAGUGAUAUUUCAAAGAGAAUAUUAUCAUCCUUUGCUGAUCAAAUUAUGGUACAAGGAUUUAUUCAUUGUGAUCCUCAUCCAUCGAAUAUUAUGGUAAGAAGAAAUCCAAAGAAUCCAAAGGAACCUCAAAUUGUCAUUCUCGACCAUGGUCUCUAUAAAUCCAUUGGUGAUGAUUUUAGAACUGCCUAUGCUAAUUUUUGGAUGAGUAUCAUUUUAGGAGAUACUAAUCACAUGAAAAAGUAUUGUAAAUUACUUGGAAUUUCAGAUUACAAAUUAUAUGCCUCCAUUAUCAUGAUGCAAGGCUUUGAUUCGGUUGUCUCUACUCAAAAAGAAAAACAAUUGACUGAAAAGGAUUGGGAAGAGUUUUUUAAAGCCAUGAAAGUACAAAAAGAUGACUUUGUAAAUAUUUAUAGAAAUAUGCCUGAUGAAAUGGUAUUUAUUUUGAGAACAGAUAAUAUUUUGAGAGCAUUGAAUAGAGAUUUAGGUGCUAAAGUGAAUCGAUUUGCAAUUAUGGCAAGAGCAGCUGCAAAAGGAUGUGCUAUUAAACAUGGUAAUGAUCCUUUGAAUCAUGAGAAUAACCAUUCAUCGAAAGUGAAAGAAUUCUCUCAACGAAUCGUAUCCUUCUCGAGUCGAUUGAAUUUUGAAUUGAGACUCUUUUGGUUGACCUAUGUCAAAUCUACCAUUGUAGCACUUUAUGUUUCAUUGUUUGGUAUUUAUAGCGAAUGGAAACGAAAUCAAACCAUUGAGAAGAAUUUGUACUUUUUUGAAACGACCAAACACUUUGCUGCUGGAUUUGAUUAA